GCAUGGCGCGGCUGCCUGUGAUCGGGCAGCGGAGUGCUGUGAGGUGACGGCAGCAGGGGGGGGGGGGGGGGAUUAAACACAGGAAGCGCCAUUAAAAACAGUCAGAAGGUUGCAAAGGGAAGAACAAAGCGAGGAAUUAAAGGCUGGUAACAUUUGCGUGAGCCAGUAACAAGCCUCGGGUGGGCUCUGAGCCUGGGACUACAGGCCCCAGCGUGCACCGCGCGCUCCCGCCGCCCGGAGGCGACUGCGCUCGCAAGGUACGCCGGGAGUUGGAGUCUUCCUGAGGAAACCGGGCGAACUCUGCUGUCUGAUUGGCUGGACGGCGAGUGAGGCGGGCCCAAGGAGGGUCUUGACCAAUGGCGAUGCGAGGCGGGCUGAGCGGCAAGGAGGCGCCCCGGUGAAGACAUGGCGACUCGCACCCCGCAGAAAAGGAGCCACAGCCCGCCUGACAGCACAUCCUUAGCCUUUGAGACUCCUGUGCUAAGAGCGGCGGUCGGUUUUAUCGACGGGCUGUCGCCGCGCAAGAGAUCCAGGAGGCACUGGUGUGGGUCCCAGAUAAAAUGGUCGCCCGGCUCUGGUGAUGAGAUGAAGGAAAAUGAGGCUGUCCCUGUGAAGCCAGCGCCGUCCAGGAGGCUGGAUGUUUCCCCCCUGCAGGCAGCCAGCGUUCCCACUGCUGCGCCCAGGGGGCUCUCCGGUAAAUCAUCCCCAAAGGCAGCUUCAUCCUACAAGCCCGUUGUGCCCGUGGUGUCUUUUUACAGCAAGGAGAAGCGAUACCUUACUCUCAUCGAGAGGAAACAGCUGAAUGAGAACCUCUCUUUUGGGGAGAGGAACGGUGAUGAAAAUGCCCCGGCUGCGAGCAGGACCGAGAAGAUGAACACGAACCUCAGCAGGAACGCGAGCUCCAGGCCAGCCAGGCCUGCAACAGGUACCAAGCACGGCAAAACUGUCCCCAAAACUGUCCCCAAAGCAGUGAAGAAGGUAAAGGCGGACGUCCCACCUCUGAAACCCAGCGUGGAGAAGGAGAACGCUCCCUGCCUGAUUAAAAAGAAGAUGGAUUCGCCCUUCCGCGUCCUCAGCAUGACGGUGAAACCAGCUUUGAAGCUCCAGGCGGGGGCGGCGUUCUUCUCUGCCAGGAAGAGGUCGCACUCCAAAAAACCAGCCGGAGACCCCAAAUCUCCCCAGGCGCCCCCCAGGGCUGCGCAAGGAAGCGGCCAGGCCACAGCAGGGACAGCUGGCACGUCUCACUCAGCUCCUACAAGCGAAAAUCCCAAGGUGGGUGGUACACGGAGCAGGAUUUCUGCGCCUCAGAAGGAAGACAAGGAGACCAGGGAGGACUUGAGUCACGGAAAGGAAGAGGGAAGUGCAGCGUGCGAAGGAAAGGCAUCCCUGCAGAGCAGGGGGGGCACCCCUGCUGUUCCUUCCCACCCCCCCAAGUCUCCUGCUGCAGAAGACAGCGACACAGAGAACGUGGGUGGUGAUGAAGCCAGUGCUGCCCCAACCCAGGAGUCGGACGACGUUAUUCCGCCGAGCCCAUCUCCGCACAAAGGGGACAAGGAAGCUUCAUCUUCAAAUGCCAUGGUCUACCCCAUAUUCAGUGCUCUCCCGACAAGCAAGAAGAGGACGCAGCCUGCUCUGGACGAUCUGAGUUCUCCGUUCGGAUCCAGCCCAGCCGCGAAAGCAGCUCCCGGCGUGCAGAAGAGCAAGAAGGCGAAGGAGCUGUGCUCCAGGGACCAGAUGAUCAUCGAUGCCGGUCAAAAGCAUUUCGGUGCCGUCGUUUGCAAGUCGUGCGGCAUGAUCUACACAGCUGCCAGCCCCGAGGACGAAGCCCAGCACGUCCAGCACCACGAGAGGUUCCUCGAGGGACUGCGCUACGUGGUAAGGGCCGUGGCAGCGGCUGUCCGAGCUGACGGACGCGGUGCGUGUCCAGGUGGUGCGGCGAGACAGCUGCAGGCAAAUAUUUUGUCACCCGAGAGUGAGGUUAGCGUGCGAGUUAUGCGCAGUUCCAGCAAAUGGUUUGAUGGACGGGACUUGACUUUAUUCCCGCAAGCCAAGGGCUGGAAGAAAGAGCGGGUUGUGGCGGAGUUCUGGGAUGGGAAAAUCGUAUUGAUCCUUCCAGCUGACCCGAAGUACGCAGUCAAGAAGGCCGAAGACGUGCGAGAGAUUGUAGAUAACGAACUGGGAUUUAAGCAAGUUGCACUGAGCUGCCCAGCCGAGACCAAAACGUACCUGUUUGUGUCCAACGAGAAGAUGAUUGUCGGGUGCCUCGUGGCUGAGUCAAUCAAACAGGCGUUCCGGGUGCUGGCCGAGCCGGUGGCUGCGCGGUCCCUGGGGCAGGACCCGCUGCAGCAGCACCGCGCUUGGCGCUGCUCCACGCAGCCCGAGCCCGCCGUCUGCGGCGUCAGCAGGAUCUGGGUGUUCGGCCUGGCCCGCAGGAAGGGCGUCGCGCGCCGCAUGGUGGACGUGGUCAGGAGCACGUUCAUGUACGGCAGCUACCUGAGCACGGAGGAAAUCGCCUUCUCCGACCCCACCCCGGACGGCAAGCUGUUUGCAACGAAGUACUGCCAAACGCCCAACUUCCUCGUCUACAACUUCGUUUACGGCAAUUGAUUCGACUUGGUUGUUACAAGUUGAGGGGAGUUUAAAUCAGCUAAGCUAACUCGUUGUUAUUAAAAUAACACUCUGAUGCUAGUGCCUGGCUGAACGCUGGUUUCCUGCUGACCGCUAGCUCUUCAUCCUGGGAGCGAGCUGGGGGAAGGCCUCACUGUCUGUACAGGGUUGUGUUAGGGUGUGGGACCUGCUGUGAAACUGAGGAAGCGGAGGCUUGCUUGGGUUGCAGAUAAUCCUCCUGAAACUCAAAUUUAUUGCAAGUAACUUCAUUUCUUUAAGAGUUUUAACUAAUAUAAAGGGGGCUGCUUUCUCCCCCAGGUGUGGGUGUUUAACCCCGAGCUCUGCGCUGCUUUGGCCUUGCUGCAGCAGGGGAGCAUCGGGCAGCUCACGGGUGGCCGAGGAGCGGAGCUUGAUGUGCACUGUGCAGGCUGCAAGCUGCUUGGAAUUAGAUCCUGAACGUGCAGGAGAUGAAUGUAAAGGGCUUGGCUGGGGCAGAGGCCCUGGCACAGGCAGCCACUGAAUGUAUGCACGCGGCAGGGAGCACGAGCUGGGUUUAAGCAGUUGGCUCGGGGCAGGAUCUUUCUCAGCCUCCGCUGUAUAAGGUCUGGAACCUUCACGGUGUGGUGCGUGGGGAGCUGUCACUGCCUGCUCAAUAAACUGUGUGAAACGCC